AUGGCAACUCGCACAUCUACUCGCCACGCUGCUCAAAAGGCAAAGGAAGCCAUGGCAGCUUCCCCAGAUAUUAAGAGAAGGGGAUCCGUUAGCGCAAAACGUAAAGGCUCCACUGACCGUGGUCCCCAGCCCAAGAGAGAAAAGAAGGAAGUCGUGGACGAAAAGGAGCCGGUGCAGGAGACACAAGUAGAAACUGCCGAGAAGCAAGUGACAAAAACUGAAGUAGAACCCACCGAAGAACCUGAGGUAAAGCCAGAGAAACAGCCAGAGACAAAGCCAGAAGAAGUACCAGAGUCCAAAGCUGCUGCUCCAGCUCUUGAUGGUAUUGCAGCUGGGAUUGGGACAUCUAAAGAACGAGAGGAUGUUGCUCCCUCCAAUAUACUCGAGAAAGGUAUCAUCUACUUUUUCUACCGGCCUCGAGUCAACGUGCAGGAGCCGACCAGCUUUCAAGAUGUAGCUCGCAGUUUUGUUGUACUACGGCCAACACCCCUGGGUGCUGCUCUGGACCAUGACCAGGGACCCCUGGAUACCGGUGCAAAGUGCCGACUACUGAUGGUCCCUAAAAAGAGGUUCCCAACCUCUGGAAGAGAAAGGGAAAUGGGAUUUGUUGCGAAGGCCGGGAAGUCAAUGAAGGAGCUACAGGAAAGCUUCCUCGCUGGUGAGACAUAUGAAACUGCCACUAGAGGGACACGAGAAAUCCCUGAGGCUAGACCCUAUGCAGAAGGAGUUUAUGCCAUCACAUCCACCAAGAGGGCGACUCAUAUUGUCUACGUACUCACCCUUCCGGAGAAGCUUGGAGACGUCCAGGAAGACUUUGGACUUGCAGAACGUGGCAGCUGGCUUAUCCAGUCCAAGAGCCCCAAGUUCCCCGGCCCCCCUUUUGCUCGUCUCCCAAAGGAUCCUGAGUAUCCCGAGGGUAUGCUCGAGAGAUUCAGAGAUCUCCGCUGGAUACCAAUGGAGCCUGAAUUGAUUGACUAUCCCAAUGCACAGUUCCUCAUGAUCGGGUCAACCUCUGGUGGGCUGGCAAAGGUAGCCCUCGCGGAGCCCGGGGAGACACGACCGGAAGAGGAGGAGCCCCAAGAAGAAGUGAUCAAAAUGGAGGAGGAGAAUGAGGAUAGAAUCGAGACCUUGGGAGCCGGGAUUGCUUCCAGCAGCUGCCCUAGCAAUGAGAACUCCAAGGUCGUGAACCAAACCACCUGCGCGGGCACAACCUAUGCGUACACCGGUCUCGAGGGCUACGGAUAUGUAGCGUCCAAUGCCAGAGACAAGUACGGUGAUACUCUGGCCGGCCUUGGAAGCUCUGCUGCGCUUGAAAAGGGCUCAUGGCGCAAGACAGGCCCGAACAGCUACUCGGGAAUUUUCUACUGUCUGCCUGAUCGCGGCUGGAAUACAAACGGGACACUCAACUUCCAACCCCGCGUGCACAAGUUCCAAAUCACGCUCCAGCUUGCCACUCACGCGACAGCAAAGAACCCAUCCAAGCCCAACGUGCAUCUGAAGUACCUCGACACGACUCUCCUCACCGGGCCGGACGGCCAACCUCUCACUGGCCUGGACCCAGACGCCACCGGUUACGCCUCGUACAAGGGGUUCCCUCCUCUCCCCGCGGCAACGUACACGGGCAAUGGCUUCGGGGGCCCCGGCCGUGGCGGCAAGAGAGUCUCUCUCGACACCGAAGGCCUGGUCAUCGACCACCAGGGCUACUUCUGGAUCUCGGACGAAUACGGACCCUACGUGUAUAAAUUCAACAAGGCCGGAAAGAUGGUCCUCGCCCUCCAGCCGCCCGAGGCGUAUCUCCCGCGGCGCAACGGCACGCUCAGCUUCAGCGCGGCCAGCCCCCCGCUGUACGCACCCGACCAACUGCCUAGCCCCGAGGACCCAGAAACCGGCCGCAACAACAACCAGGGCUUCGAGGGCCUCGCGCUGUCCCCCGACGGCACGACCCUCUCCGUGAUGAUCCAGUCCGCCCUGAACCAAGAAGGCGGCCCCAAGAAGAAAAACCGCCAGCCCGCCCGCAUCCUGCAGUACGACAUCGCCUCCGGAUCCACCCCGCGCUACACGCACGAGUACGCCGUGACCCUCCCUAAAUACCGCGACUACCGCCAGACCGACGCCUCCGCCUCAAACGCCUACAUCGUCGCCUCCCAGUCCGAGAUCCUCCACCUGCCCACAGGCGACUUCCUCGUUCUCGCCCGCGACUCCGGCUUCGGCCACGGCCAGGACCACUCGCUGUCCGUUUACCGCCACGCCGAUGUCUUCGCCAUCACCUCCAACACCACGGACCUCCGGGGCGCCCAGUACGACGCCGCCGCCGGCAGCAGCAUCGCCUCCAAAAAGGGGAAGCUCGACGCCGCCAUCGUCCCGGCCGAGUACUGCGCUUUCCUCGACUUCAAUGUCGAGUCCCAGCUCGCCCGCUUCGGCCUGCAUAAUGGCGGCGCCCAGGAUUCGGCCCUGCUCAAUGAGAAGUGGGAGAGCUUUGUCCUUGUCCCCGUUGAUCCCUCCAAGGGCGAUACUCAUCCCCAUCCCAACAAGGGUACCAAGGAAAAGACCGAGUAUUUUCUCUUUACCUUUAGUGAUAAUGACUUUGUCACUCAGAAUGGAUACAUGAACUUCGGCCGCCUGCCUUAUGCCGAUGAAUCUGGCUAUGAGCUUGACAGCCAGGUUCUUGUCUUCAGGGUCGAAUUUUAA